AUGGCCAUCGAGUCCGCGGAGGUGUGCCUGGGCAAACCCCCUGCUUCAUCUCCUAUAGCAGACCUUGAUGUUGGCUUAGCUGAUGGGAGGGGUGUGGAGCUCUAUGGUCGCUUUUCGUCUCGUGCCAUGGCCAGUUCGUUGUCACUGCCUGCUCUGCCCAUUGCACAUGUUGCGUUCAUGGGAGAGGCCACUACCGUGGUCCUGGCUCCGCUGAUGCAGGCCAUGCCCAAGCUUUUGGGGAUGUGUGAGGAACCGAUUUUGCUAUUUGUUCGGUCCCUCACAUGUGGCUCCUACUCCAACUACCCCGGAGCUCAGGGCGUGGUCCUCCCUACUGAUGUCAUUGUGGCGCGCCUUGCUGUUGUAGUGCACCGGGUUUGUGGCCUCCGGUAUUCCUUUGCUGCAACCACUACCACCGCUACUAUCAAAGGCGUCGUCACUGUGAGGCUGGCGCUAGUGCACCUCUCACUCCUCAGGGAGAAGGUUACUGCUUCCGCUGUUGUGCCGUAUCUCGUUCAGACCCUCUUCGACAACCCGCGUGUGCCAGGUGAGCUUGUAUAUGGUGAUGUUGCGCAGGUCAAGCAUGGUUUCAAUACAAGUUGUGACCUGAGCGGACCUGGAGGGGAUGACUCAGGGAAGUUUUGCACGAUCCUAUCAUCGUCGACCGUUCAAACUGUUCUUUUUUUGGCUUUCUUGCAGGAGGAUGCCACUGCGUUAGAUUUUGUCCUUACUCUUAUCUCAAUAUGGAAAUUGAAGAAAAGAAUAGAGAAGGUAGAAAGCACCGUCAGUGACGUGAUCAAGUCAGCGCCCUUGGAUGUAGCAACCAAGAUUUCACUGGAAGGUAUUGCCAACAAGGACAGGAGCAGCAUUAGAGCAGCUAGCAAGAGGAUGGUAUUUGGUCGAGAGGGGUUCCGUGAUGAGAUCAUGGCAAAGCUUUGCAAGCCACCAUCCUGCUCAGAUAAAUGUUACUCAGCGAUUGGCAUAUAUGGUGUUUCAGGUUCUGGGAAAACUAUCUUUGCCCGAUAUAUUCGAGAUUACACAGAGGAGAAAUGCAAGGAGGACAAACUUUUUGACAUCAUCAUGUGCAUCCAUGUAUCGAGGACAUUCAAUGUGGAUAAUAUAUUUCAUGAAAUGCUGAAGGAUAUUACUGGAAAUCGGCACUCCGAUAUUUCAGACCGUGAGGACCUCAAAGACAAGUUGCAGAAAGAACUGUGUGACAAAUGUUUCUUCUUGAUAUUGGAUGACUUCUGGGUAGAGGACAGGGCCAACAAACAGCUUACGGAGCUACUUUCUUCACUCAGUGUUGGGAAGAAAGGAAGCAAAAUCCUGGUGACGGCUCAAGAAGAAAUGACAGCUAGAGUACUGUGUGCAGGUAAAAUUACUAAGAUGCCUGAAUUGGAUAAGGAGUCGUUCUACAAGAUGUUUAUGCAUUAUGCACUAGAUCCUGAUGGAGAAUAUGAACAAGAUGGAAAACGUGAACGUGAACGACUUGGGUGGUUCAUUGCAGAAAAGCUACUCAAAUCCCCUAUUGUAGCAGUAAUAGUGGCGGGGCAGCUUUGGAUGAACGGUGAUGAUAUUGAAUUUUGGAAAAACACUGCAGAUCACGUCAAGUUUGUUGACACUACUUGGGAUAUACUUUGGUGGAGCUAUCAGGAGCUUCCUCUGGACAUCAGGCGUUGCCUAGAAUACUGCAAUAUUUUCCCUCGAGGAAUCAGCUUGACAAAAAACCAGUUAGUUCGCCUGUGGAUGGCGCAAGGAUUUGUAAAGCCCAGUGCAACAGAGGACAUGGAAGAAAAAGCUGAGGGCUAUGUUAAAAAGUUAAUUUCAUGUUUGUUUCUGGAACCAACUAGGAUGCAUGAUUAUUCCUUUACAAUUCAUGAUCAGCUGCAUGAUUUGUUGGACAAGGUCGUCGGAAGUGAUUGCUUCCGAAUCGAUAAUGAAAGGAUCGAGAAAGAAGAAGGUCCUUCGAGAAUCGAGAAAGAAGAAGUCUGGCAAGGAUAUGUCCCUCGAGAGGUCCGCCAUCUUUUUGUUCAGAAUUAUGAUGCAGAAUUGAUUACUAAGAUGGUUCUUGGGUUGAAAAACCUACGCACUCUCAUCAUUUACAUCGUUAGAAGUGAUACACCAGUUGAGGAAAUGGUAAUUGAGAGUAUAUGCAAGAGACUGCUGAAAUUGCGGGUACUGAUCAUUCAUUUCUCUAAUACAAUCUAUGAGGACCACGACAAAAUUUUCAGAUUCCCAAAAUCUGUUGGUCAGUUAAAGCACCUACGCUAUCUUGGUUUCAGGUCUUCCGCAUGGGCAGUAUUUUUACCAAGCACCCUAAAUAAACUUCACCAUAUCCAGCAGUUAGAUUUUGGCUGCAUGUCGAUUGUGAAUCCUAAGUUUACUGGCUGCCUUAUCAACUUGCUGCAAAUAAUCUGCCAAUUCUGUGAUUUCGCUAACAUAGGGAGGAUGAUAUCACUCAAAACGUUACCACACUUCAGAGUAAGGGAUGAAGAAGGGUAUGAGGUAGAGCAGCUGAGGUACCUAAACAAGCUUCGCGGCACACUGAUGAUUGAUGGGCUUCAAAAUGUAAAAAGCAAGGAACAAGCAGAUCAAGCCAAUCUAGCUGUCAAGGAACAACUCACUGAACUGUAUUUGGUAUGGGCUCAUGGUGAUGGCACAAGGUGCAGUCCAAAAGAUGAAGCAGAGGUGCUUGAGGGUUUAUGCCCGCCUGUAGGGCUUCAAUCACUGACCAUCUGUUGCUACGAUGGUUCGAGAUACCCAGAUUGGAUGGUGGGUCUGCAGAACUGUGGCCCAAAGGACCUGCAGCAACUUCACUUCUGGAGAUGUAACCAAAAGGCACCUUGUCUUGAACUUGAGACUUUCCGCCAUCUUCGUGAGCUCUGGCUUAUAUACUGCAGUUGGGAUACCUUACCAGACAAUAUGGAGAACCUAACAUCGCUCAAGUUGCUAAGGAUUUUCAAAUGCCUGAAUAUCCGAUCCCUUCCAACACUGCCCCAGUCUCUUGAGGUGUUUGAACUUGAUGGCUGCAAUGAGGAGUUAACAGCCGAACAUGCAAACUGGCAAAAGAAUAAGGACAUGUCCAGAAACUCAAUUCAUAAAACCAAUGACUGGGACUCAGCUCCGUUUAAUUGUUCAUAUGUGAGAUUUAUGAUGACCAGGCUCUUUCUACCUUGAUGUUUGUUUGUGCAGUUUGAUUUUCAGACAUUUAUGGCCAUUCUGCUGUUUAAUUUGAUUAUUAGCAGUUGUGAGGGAAUUCAGAAAAAUUACUCCAUACUAUUUCUUGUCUGUAAUAAUGCUGGUAGCGCCGUUGCUAUUUAGACAGUAAUUUAUGUCAAGGAACUGGAAGGAAAGAAGGCUUUUCAGAUGACAAUAGUGUGCCUCUAACCUGCAGUUAGACCAUUAUUCCGGUGUUGUGUUUCUAGAUCUAUUGCAACAUCUGUUUCCCCUUAUCAUCAAGGCUCCGCAAUGAGACUCCUCCCUAUACUCUCUCUUCUUUUUGCCCACCCUAAA